CAGCCAGCUGCUGCAGUGGUCCCUGGUUCCUGAGCCCACCACAGGCUGAAGACGUUGCUGGCGGUCCAUGCCCGUAGCGGAAGUGUGCAGAUGGGAUUAACGUCCACAUGGAGAUAUGGAAGAGGACCGGGCAUUGGCACCGUAACCAUGGUCAGCUGGGGUCGCUUUAUCUGCCUGGUCGCGGUCACCAUGGCAACCUUGUCCCUGGCCCGGCCCUCCUUCAGUUUAGCUGAGGGUACCACAUUAGAGCCGGAAGGAGCACCGUACUGGACCAAUACAGAGAAGAUGGAGAAACGACUACACGCUGUCCCUGCCGCCAAUACCGUCAAGUUCCGCUGCCCAGCUGGAGGGAAUCCAACCCCAACCAUGAGGUGGCUGAAAAAUGGAAAGGAAUUUAAACAGGAACAUCGCAUUGGCGGCUAUAAGGUUCGAAACCAACACUGGAGUCUUAUUAUGGAGAGCGUGGUCCCAUCCGACAAAGGAAAUUAUACCUGCGUGGUGGAGAAUGAAUACGGGUCCAUCAAUCACACGUACCACCUCGAUGUAGUUGAACGGUCCCCACACCGGCCCAUCCUCCAAGCUGGUCUGCCGGCCAAUGCUUCCACUGUGGUCGGGGGCGACGUGGAGUUUGUUUGCAAAGUAUACAGCGAUGCCCAGCCACAUAUCCAAUGGAUCAAGCAUGUUGAAAAGAAUGGUAGCAAAUACGGGCCAGAUGGACUGCCCUACCUUAAGGUUCUAAAGGCUGCUGGUGUUAACACCACGGACAAAGAGAUUGAAGUUCUCUAUAUUCGGAAUGUAACUUUUGAGGAUGCUGGGGAAUAUACGUGCUUGGCGGGUAAUUCUAUUGGGAUAUCCUUUCACUCUGCAUGGUUGACAGUUCUGCCAGCUCCCGUAAGAGAAAAGGACAUUACCACUUCCCCAGACUACCUGGAGAUAGCCAUCUACUGCAUAGGGGUCUUCCUAAUAGCCUGUAUGGUGGUGACGGUCAUCCUAUGCCGAAUGAAGACAACAACCAAGAAGCCUGACUUCAGCAGCCAGCCGGCUGUACACAAGCUGACCAAGCGCAUCCCUCUGCGGAGACAGGUUUCGGCUGAGUCCAGCUCCUCCAUGAACUCUAACACCCCACUGGUGAGGAUAACAACACGCCUCUCAUCAACAGCUGACACCCCCAUGUUGGCAGGGGUCUCUGAGUAUGAAUUGCCAGAGGAUCCAAAAUGGGAAUUUCCAAGAGAUAAGCUGACGCUGGGGAAACCUCUGGGGGAAGGCUGCUUUGGACAAGUGGUCAUGGCCGAAGCUGUUGGAAUUGACAAAGAGAAGCCCAAGGAUGCAGUCACCGUGGCUGUGAAGAUGUUGAAAGAUGAUGCUACAGAAAAAGAUCUUUCUGAUCUGGUAUCAGAGAUGGAGAUGAUGAAGAUGAUUGGAAAACACAAAAAUAUCAUCAAUCUCUUAGGUGCCUGUACGCAGGAUGGGCCCCUCUAUGCUAUAGUGGAAUAUGCCUCCAAGGGCAAUCUUCGGGAGUAUCUGCGAGCCCGCAGGCCACCCGGGAUGGAGUACUCCUACGACAUUAACCGUGUCCCUGAAGAACAGAUGACCUUCAAGGACUUGGUGUCCUGCACCUACCAGCUGGCCAGAGGCAUGGAGUACUUGGCUUCCCAAAAAUGCAUACAUCGAGACUUAGCGGCCAGAAAUGUUUUGGUAACUGAAAACAACGUGAUGAAAAUAGCUGAUUUUGGACUGGCCAGAGAUAUCAACAAUAUAGACUAUUACAAAAAGACCACAAAUGGGCGACUUCCUGUCAAGUGGAUGGCCCCCGAAGCCCUCUUUGAUCGAGUCUACACCCACCACAGUGAUGUCUGGUCCUUUGGGGUGUUGAUGUGGGAGAUCUUCACUCUAGGGGGUUCGCCCUACCCGGGGAUUCCCGUGGAAGAACUUUUUAAGCUCCUUAAGGAAGGACACAGGAUGGAUAAACCGACGAACUGCACCAAUGAGCUGUACAUGAUGAUGCGGGACUGUUGGCACGCCGUUCCCUCUCAGAGACCAACAUUCAAGCAGUUGGUCGAGGACUUGGAUCGAAUUCUCACUCUCACAACCAACGAGGACUACUUGGAUCUCUCGCAGCCUCUCGAACCGUAUUCACCUAGUUACCCUGACACAAGGAGCUCUUGUUCUUCAGGAGAUGACUCUGUAUUCUCCCCGGACCCCAUGCCUUAUGAACCAUGCCUUCCUCAGUAUCCACACAUAAACGGCACUGUUCAAACAUGAAUGUGGGGGCCCUCUUGUCCCCAAACAGGACUGACCUACACUGAGCAGGGAGGCUGUUGCUUCCACGUGUAUAUAUGGAUCAGAGGAGUAAAUAAUUGGAAAAGCAAUCGGCACACUUGUAAAGAGUUAUACAGUUGAGAACUUGUAACCUUCACCAGGAAGAGAAGAAUGUUUAUGGAACCAUGGACGGCCACGGGCCCGCCACGUGACCCCUCCAGCUCACCACCACCAAGGUGAUGGAGGGUCACUGGCUGUGGACCAGUCGGACUCAAGGUGGACGCAUGUUCUGCCUUCCUUGUUAAUUUUGUAAGAAUUGGAGAAAAUAUAUGUCAGCCCACAAGUACAGAGCACAAAUGCCGUAUAUAGGUGCUGGAUGUAUGUAAAUAUAUUCAAAUUAUGUAUAAAUAUAUAUUAUAUAUUUACAAUGAAUUAUUUUUUGUAUUGAUUUUAAAUGGAUGUCCUGAUGUACCUAGAAAAUUGGUCUUUUUUUUUUUUUUUUUUUUUUAAAGGAAAUAGCUAUUUGCUAAAUGCUGUUCUUACAACAGAGUUUCUUAAUUUUCACCGAGCAGAGGUGGAAAAAAAAAUACUUUUGCUUUCAGGGAAAAUGGUAUAACAUUAAUUUAUUAAUGAAUUGGUAAUAUACAAAAUAAUUAAUCAUUUAUAGUUUUGUAAUUUAAGUGGCAUUCCUAUGCAGGCAGCACAAAAGACUAGUUAAUCUAUUGCUCAGACGUAACUAGUUACCAGAGAGUAACAAUAUCUGGCUCAUGUGGGG